AACAUUAAUUUAGGUCAAAGUACAAACACUUUAUGGCAUUAAAUAAUUUAAAAACCUUAUUAAAUUAAGAAGAUACAAUAAUUAUAGAUUUGUCUUAAAGAAGAUUAAAUCAGUAACAAAUAAUCAAAAUGGGUAAACGUCAGCAUCAAAAAGAUAAAAUGUAUUUAACAUAUACAGAAUGGACAACGUUAUAUGGUGGGAAGAAGUCUGGAACUUCUGAAGCAACUGAAGAUACAACAUUUCGUCGUUUACCUUACGACCAUUGUUGUUUAACUCUGCAGCCAUUUCAGCACCCUUAUUGUGAUAUGCAAGGAAAUAUUUUUGAACUGGAAGCAAUAUUAGAAUAUAUAAAGAAGUAUAAGCAUAAUCCAGUUACAGGAAAACCAUUAGAUUCAAAAAUGCUAAUAAAACUUAAUUUUCGUAAGAAUUCAGAAGAACAGUAUCAUUGUCCAGUUCUUUUCAAAUUAUUCACUAAACAUUCUCAUAUUGUUGCUAUUAAAACAACUGGAAAUGUAUUUUCAUAUGAGGCAAUAGAACAAUUGAAUAUAAAAACACGUAAUUGGAAGGAUUUAAUAAAUGAUCAACCUUUUACAAGAAAAGAUAUUAUUAUAAUACAAGAUCCAAAUAAUGCAAUGAAAUUCAAUUUAUCUACAUUUCAUCAUAUUAAAAAUAAUAUAAAGCUUGAAGAUGAAGAAAUGAUAAAAGAACGUAAUAAUCCAAAUGCAAAAUUGAAAACUGUAUCUAUGGAAACCAAAGAAAUAUUAGCUGAAUUAAAUAGAGAUUAUAAACAAAUUGAAACUAAAAAAGAAGUCUCUAAGCCACAAGCGGAUAAAUUUAAUGCAGCACACUAUUCUACUGGUGCUGUUGCAGCUGGCUUUACAUCAACAGUAAUGCCAACAGAAACUACACAUCAAGCUGCAGUUAUUGCAGAGGAUUUAGUGCGAUACGAAAGAGUUAAAAAAAAAGGAUAUGUAAGAUUAGUCAUGAAUUUUGGUGCUUUAAAUUUAGAACUUCAUUGUGAACUUGUUCCAAAAACUUGUGAAAAUUUUAUAAAACAUUGUCAGAAUGGUUAUUAUGAUGGCACAAAAUUUCAUAGAUCCAUACGAAAUUUUAUGAUACAAGGAGGUGAUCCCACAAAUACUGGUAAUGGAGGAACAUCAAUUUGGGGGAAAACAUUUGAGGACGAAUUCAAACCGAAUUUGGUUCACCAAGGAAGAGGAAUUUUAUCAAUGGCAAAUUCUGGACCAAAUACAAAUGGAUCGCAGUUUUUCAUUACGUUUCGAUCGUGCAGACAUUUAGAUCGUAAACAUACCGUUUUUGGAAAAAUAGUAGGUGGACUAGAAACGCUAAAUGCCAUUGAAAAGAUUGAAGUAGAUAACAAAGACAGACCAAUAGAAGAUAUAAUAAUACAAAAAGCGCAAGUCUUUGUUGAUCCUUUUCAAGAGGCAGAUGAACAAUUAGCUAGCGAGCGGGCAGCUGAAAUUGAACGACUGGCACAAGAAGCUGUAAAAAAUAAAUCAGAUAAUAAGACAGGAAAGAAUGACGUGUUAAAAAUAUAUCGAUCAGGCAUAGGAAAAUAUAUAAAGCCAAACAAAGAAGAAGACAAAAUAGAAAAAGAAGAGUCAAGUAUAGCACCUACAAUUAAAAAAAGAAAAGUCACAACAAAUUCAUUUAGUGAUUUUUCAUCUUGGUAGUUAUUUAAAAAAUUGUACAAUUAUAAAUUAUUUGAAAUCUUAUAGAUUAAGUAUUGAUUUAAUUUUAUAUUCUGUAAUUGUAAAUAUUAAUUUUUAUAAUUAUAAGAUAUUAAACCAUAAUCUAUAUUUUUAUUGCUCUCAUUGUAAUGUAUAAAAUAUACUGAAAGAAAUGUAAUUAUGAAC